AUGACUGAUGAUUAUUCAUACGACUAUGAAUAUUUAUUCAAAAUAGUUUUGAUUGGUGAUUCCGGUGUUGGUAAAUCCAAUCUACUAUCUCGUUUCACAAGAAACGAAUUCAAUUUGGAAUCAAGAUCAACCAUCGGCGUCGAGUUUGCCACAAGAACUGUUGAAAUAGAUGGUAAAAGAGUCAAAGCUCAAAUUUGGGAUACCGCUGGUCAAGAACGUUAUAGAGCUAUUACUUCAGCUUAUUACAGAGGUGCCGUUGGUGCUUUAGUAGUCUAUGAUAUUUCUAAAGCGGAAUCCUAUGAAAGUGUUUCAAGAUGGUUGAAAGAAUUAAAAGAGCACGCUGAUGCUAACAUUGUUAUUGAACUAGUCGGUAACAAAUCGGAUUUGGAUCACCUAAGAGCUGUUCCUACCGAUGAAGCUAAAAACUUUGCUGCUGAAAAUCAAUUACUAUUCACUGAAGCCUCCGCUUUAAAUGCUGAAAAUGUAGACUUAUCCUUCCAUCAAUUGCUAAAAUCAAUUUAUGACAUGGUUUCAAAACAUCAGUUCGAUAUGAACGAUUAUUCCUCUCAAGCACCAAGUAAAGGUCCCACUGUUGAUUUGACUCCAAAACAGAAUGAAGAAAAAUCUUCAAAGGGAAACAAUUGUUGUUAA